GUCACCCCGUUGUUGGGUUUUGCCUGUCCGCCUGGCUGCACGUCGGUCUGGCUGGGUAGAUUUGCUGCGCGUGCGCACGGGGCCAGUGAGCGCUCUGUUCUUCAACAGUGUGUUCUGUGCUGCUGUGCAACUGCUGUUAGUAGCGGUGAUCGGUCGGUCGGUCGGUCGGUCGCUCUAUAGUAGUAGCCACAGAGAGCGAGAACAAACUAAGAAACGGCUAUCGCGGGGGGACGGUCAAUCCGCAGUGCAGUAAAAAGUCCAGAGCUGGCCAGAGUAGUCCACAGCGGUGCUCGGUGGCCGGCCUGUGCAACCACUGCCACUGUGGGGCUCGGCCUGAAAACGGCUGGGUACUGACUGGCAACUGCGGCACCAGCAUCUGCAAGCCCCCGGUCAUCUGAGCAGCGGUAUAACAAAGUGCUGCUUGAAACAUGUUAGACUCUGGGUGAUACAUCGGAUCAACCAUCGCCAAAACAAGCAUUCCUGCCGUGAUCGUCAUAAUAGAUAGAUUGACAUGGAUAACAAUAAAUAGGGCGUUCGUGUGUGAAUGGCUUCGUGAGCGGAACCAGAGUUUGCUAGUGUUAUAUGAAUCAAGUGGAAUAAACACUGCCCGUGAUGGCGACGCUCGUUGCUAACGCUGGUUUUCGCAGUUCGUGCGUAAAGCCAAAUAUUCAGAGAUUUUAAGGUACUGCUUUCAUCCGCUCAGCUGAUGGAGCAAGUAACAGUGAAAAUUGUGGCAGCAAUACUUUACAGCUUAAUAUUUGCAAACAGAGGUAAUUUGUUAGCGGAUCCAUCCGACGAAUGACGAAGCUUUGCGUCUGCAACUGCUUCUUUGGAACAUCGAGUACCGCCUAUAUCUCUGCCUCGUCGAAGCCGUUUCGCAAAUACGAGCAGCCAGCCUUAAAAGAGAAAGGAGGCCAUACCAUUUCACCUGCGCACCUAAGUAAGUCAACCUUAAAGCGGCAGCCACACUACCACUCGACAUAAGCAAGAGUUUUUACUAACCGUCUGCGUGAGUCUAUGUGACCGUCUAAUCGUUGCUCAUCGUGCCGCUCUGAUCGACGCAAUAUCGCGUGCUGUUCGAUUACCAGCGUUCUCCCGUUCAGCCUUUGUUUGUACUAGUUCACAGAAUUUACAUGAACAGGCCGUAUGCGUAGUGAUGUUUUCGGAUCAUGUGAACAAAUGUGAGAUUGUCCGUAAUGAAGAACUAAGUUAAUUACCAUUCCUGACCGAAAGCACAAUUUACGCCGAUCCAUGAAUGGUGUAGAGAGUUUGAAGGUGGGAGUUUCGUUCAUUAUUACCGUUAUCAUUAUCACAGCCAAACCCGUUGCUACGAAUAUCUCAAUCGGGCAACGUUUAUUUACGAUACACUAGAUUUUAAUGUUGCUGUUUGCGAAAGAAGAUAACCGGCCGACAAGCGAACAGCUGAAAUGAUUGACAAACAACCCUGUUUUCCUCAACAUCAUGCAUGAGUGGUGAAACGUCGUACCUUCAAAAGCUUGCAGAAGGAUUUGGCCGGUUUUUUUUGGGAAAAAUUGCAAGACAGUUCGGUGUUUAGCCGCUUUCGCCAUUUCGACGAAGAUUUUGCAUUUGACUCUAAUCGAAAUCUACCAUGGUUGGUGAUUGAAGGGAAGCAUGUCUAUUGUGAUCUGUGAUGAUCUCCGGAGCUAAAGUUUGCUGCAAGAAGAAGCGGUUUUCGCCUUGACAACGCUAUAGUGUUGAACUCGGGUUGUUUACCGCGAAUGAGCUAAUCCGUAGUUCCAUCUCUUCGCCUACGAGCAUCGUCUGCACCAGAUACGAUAACUCAGGCAUUCUGCCGACAAAAUAAUCAGUUAUCCUGUCUGUGUCCUGGGUAUCUAAGCGAACAUCUGUUUUGUCGCGGUAAGUUCGUACGAUUAGAGAACAACGGCGACGGUGACGUCGUCGUCGUCGUCGUCGUCUCAUUGUUCGUUGCUGUAGAGCGCUGAGGGACACUAGGGUGCGUGCUGGAAUUCGGAGGUUAGGCGAUGAUACGAUGACAAGAGGCGGCCUUACCCUAAGGUCGCCUGCGUCCGCGCUUGGAGCGACCCAAUCCUCGCUGCCUACACCAGCCGCUGGUGGUGGGUGGCAACCGGUACCUUCAUCUCAGUUGACACUUGACAGUGGCGUGGGAGUAUCGAUAUCCCUUACCUCUGCAGGUUGGGAGGGUAGCGGUGGUGCGAUAUCAUCAUCAUCAUCAUCAUCAUCAUCGGCGAGAAUAUGCUGCCGCUCGAGUGAAUCGCUUACAUCAGUCUCAAGUCCAAUUCAAGAUCUGGGUUAUCGUUUCAAAGCUUUAGGAGUGGAACAGCCUCUAUCCGCUUCACACGUCAUCGCUGAGCAAAUCUUCCAAAGACAUCUCAGUCAAGGUUCAGCUUAUCCAAGCGGACUCCCUCUGUCUGCCAUGCUAGCUGGAGCUGGUGACCCUUCAAAUGGGGACGCCAACGCGUCGAUAUGCGUUGGGGGCUGUGGUGGCAAUGGUGAAUGCCUUUCGGGUGUGUGCUACUGCAAGGUCGAGUUUGCCGGCGGCACUUGUCAGGAACCUAACCUCUCAUUCUAUAUUGCUUUUUCGACGAUCUUCUAUACGAUCUGCGCAAUCAGUUUCGUCCAGCUGGCGAUAUGCAUUCGCUGUGAGUUCCAGCGACAUCAUAGCUCCACCUCUGGGACGAAUCGACUGACGCGAGCCUUACGUCUAACGACCCAGAAAGCGCUGUAUGGACUGAUCUGUGUCGCCACUGCUCUACGAGGUUUCUACUUUUCGAGUCCGGACAACGCAGAGCUGAAGUGGGCUAAAAGUCUUUUGUCGGCAUAUUAUCCCGUGCUUUUGACAGGCUCAUCAUUGAUUGUCUGCCUUUGGGCGGAGCUGUUCCACGUGCGGGAUGCCCGUCUUGACCCUCCAGGCUUUCUCACCAAAAGCCUUCUCGGAUUUAUGGUCUUCAACUUCGUCACAUAUGCGCUUUUAUUUCUGGAGAUGGUCUCAUCACAAUACGCAGGUUACCAUGAGGCGGAACGGGCUUUGCUGUUUCGAAUAUUCAACGGUUCAUUUGCUAUUCUAAUGAUGAUUGUGGUCGUUGUUUUUCUCGUCUACGGCGUGGAGGUAUUCAUCAAAAUUCGCGGAGCAUUUCUCACAGCGCUUGGACCUCAUACAGAAGUCAGCCACGUGCCAGACAGGUCACAACAACACCAAAGUCGCGUUGGGCUGGUCACAUACGCCCUGCUGACGUUGGUGACGGCACUUUUCAUCCUAUCGGAUAUGACCGGUCCUUUGUGGAAACACCGGGUAGCACUCGUGUCCCGUAAUAUUUACGAGGUGUCGUUUCGCCUCAUUGAGAUAGGACUCGCGCUCUGGUUUCCAUGCGUCCUCUGGAAUUGUGUGCAGCCACAACAACUUUGGAUAUUGAACCCGAAACGACUGUUGAUGCGUAAGCCUACUCAGAUUCGAAGUUCCGCACCUGAGGAUUUAACGAGAUUCAGCGGCGAUCUGGGCUCUGUGGAGCGGCUUGGUCCACCUGAGUGCUUCAUAUGCUACGAUAGUGAUCGACGCGAUGCUGGACCUUUAAUACGGCCCUGCAAUUGUAGGGGUGAUGUGUCAGUCGUCCACCAUGACUGUCUCAAGACGUGGCUUGUCGAGAGUGCUGCUAGCUCGCAGUGCAGCCGAUGCAAAGUCUGUAACGAAGAGUAUGAGCUAGAACGCGGUGAAGUUUGGCUACCGUCGGGUUUGUCGACGAUGAACUGGGUGCAGACGUGCUGUGUGGUUGCUCUUAUGGGCUGCUCAGCAACAGCGGCCAUUCUCGUCGUAAAACUGUAUACGCACAUUGCGCUCCGCUCACUAUCAGUGGGGUUAGCCGUCAUCGUGCAAUAUGUAUGUCUACGGGUACUUGGGGUCGGAGUGCUGGCCGCGUACAAACGGGCCCGAUUUUCAGCUGUAAGGAUCAUUUCGCGUAAACUGACACACGGUCGCGAAGCAUCGGCCGCUCUCAUGGCUGCUGCCAAAGAGGGUCCUCAUUCCGUUGCCGCGGCGGUCAAACAUGAACUCGCCGCUGUCCAUCAAAAUCAAAAGAUACAGACGCAACAACAACAACAGCCAGGCAGUACUGUAAAUACGUCGAUGUAGAUCAGUCAGGACAAACAGCCGUAAAGUAGCUAGGCCUUGCAGGCACAAAGCUAAAAAUUGGCUAGGACCGACAAAAAAUCGAAUAGGAGACGUUCAAGUAUGAAAGCAAGUUAGGUUUAACAACAUUCGGACAAUGAUACGGUUGGAACGACAGCUAAUGAAAAAAAUCAAUAAAAUAGCGUAGUGUUUUUCCGGAUGUCCUACUUGAUACACUGUCUCGUUUUGCUGGCACGUUGCCUGCUGAAGCCUAUCCAUCUCUCUUUAAAAAAAGCAAAACAUAAAUUACGUCUAUCGUAGACGGAUGUCACCGGCGCUCACUACGAACUUCUUUGACCACUCCUAGUCGAUAACGCUGACGGGAUGUGUGGCAACCAGACUCGUUGCUGUCUGUAUAAUCUUACAUGUAUGAUAAUAUCAUAAAAUCGCAAAGGAGAAUGGAGAGCUUCAAGUUCCUUUUGUCCUUGUCCCUAAGCCCACUGUGUCGAAAUUCAUUGGCCCAGACGAACAAAUUGCCAGACACGAACAAUGCUGUUCACUUAUUUAUGGCAACUACUUGGCAUCGCUAAAUAUUGGAUAGAUCGAUGUUCGUAGAUAGAUGCGCGAAGAGGAGUAAACAGCUUCGAGAACGUCAGAUCGCAGGCGAUGACGGCGACUAACGAAGCAAAUGGUAAAUGAUCAAAGCGACGUUUUGCUUAGCAGGAUUGGCCGACUGGAUAAUCGGAUUGGUCCUAUUGGUCGUUUAUUCGCUUGCCCUACUCUGAAGAAACAGCCACUUAGUUGGGAAGGAAAUAAAAACAAGGAAACUGAUGGGCGACUUUGGCUGACCAAGGAGAAACGUGAAGAGGGAAGGACGUCAGAUUUGGUCAAGAACUUGCAUAGAACUAGAACAGUUACGAAUGACCAGCAUUGAUAAUAACAAAGUAAAAAAGGUUGCGGACACAGGUAGAACCUGUGCGUCUCCAUGCUUCAAUAAGGAAAACAAAGCAGGAAAACGAAGAUAUCUUAGUCCUUGGGCCUUUUCCAGUAUAAACUUUUCCAUCGACCAUGAAAACAUCACGGCGAUUUUAUCGUAACCCACGUAAAAUCAAACACUACGGUGAAAAGGAAGAACAUUACUUAUCGAUUGACACCGUCGAGAAAGUGAUUAAGAAAGCCGUCGUGGUUAGGGGGAAUGAAAAUUGGUCAAAAUAUCCGUAAUAUUAACUUACAACAAGUUACAAGAAGUAAAUUUUGUCCAGCAGCAAUGCUCCCAUUUUGAUUGACGAUCAGAAAAGAGCAGACACCUUUUAUUACUAUUAUUAUCAUCGUAGAUAUAAAAACUGUACAGUCAAUAUGUUUAGUUAAUGUAGAGUAUCGGGAAUCAAUGACUCGAAAUAGCGUUAAGGACAGGCAAGAUCGUCCUUUUUUGUCUUAUGCAAAGAAAAGGUCAUUCAAGAGAUUUCAUUUGCGAUAAUUGUUCGUUGAAAUAAUCGAAAAAAAGGGAAGCUUCUAGCUAAGUGAAAUAAAAAGAAACUAUGCUCGCUUGCGUUUUGUGUGACGAAGUUCAAAUGGUGAUAGAUGACGUAUUCACUAAACACGCGUAGUCUGCUCCUCGCGCAACAACCGCGUCAACAAAUUGUAUUGCUGACCAGGCUUAGUUGUGCAACAAACAGAAGAUAAAUUUAGAGAGCCGGCUUACAAUAAAUAAUUCUACCUGGUAUGAUGAUCUGAGGUGCCAAGAUCAAACGUUGAUUAAAGAUAUCCAAAAACUAGUUUAUAUACAUACAUAGUAGCGUAGGGUCAUAGGUCGUGAAGGAGGUGUAACUGCAAACAGGAAUGGACGGACAGGACACAGCGCAUAAGGCGAUAAAUACACAUUGUCACUGUGAAGACUAAUAAGCCGAUGCGCCGAUUGAAGGAUGUUCACUAUAAGAUUUUAUAUUAUACCAAUAGACUACCGAUGUUUUACCCAUUUAACACAGGUUUAACAGGAACUUCAACCAUGAAGCGGAAGUGUAACUAAGUACUACCCGAAUGUUAAAAGCCACGCCUAGAUUGUACAUAUUUACAUACAAUAUCCAGGUAAAACAGGAAAACUACAUUGAUUCGGAAAACCAGCUUUGUGCGAAAAGUAAAAAUACAUGUAUAUAUCAAUAUAUAGAGAUUAAAGUGAAGAUCGGUGACGAAAACGAUUUUGUUCUGUAACAGACGUAAACAUUUGUAGCACGAAAAAACAGCAAAAGAGAAAACAAAGGAGCAGGAAUAAUACAGGUUACGAAAAUUAGUCCGAAAGACUACCGAAAAUCCUAUCUCCGAGGCGAAACCAUCUAGAUAAAUGCAAAGGGAGAAAGGUAAAUUCAACACCAGAAAAAAUCUAGAUAGGACAUCCUAUGAACACGGUCUUAUUAGAAGGUACAUCAAAAAGGGCAACGUGACAUAACAUACGCAUACACACAAAUGCAAGUAAAGUACUGACUGGCGUGCAACUGUGAUUGUAUCAUUGAUAAUCAUCAAUGACCAUAAUAACAAUGGUACCAAUAACUUCAACAACUCACUCUUGAUAAUAAAAUGUCGCCUAUACGAAUGGGGGAUACUCAAACGA